AUGUCCUCCGACUGCUGUCACUCAGGUGGCUGCCCGGGUGCCGCCCGCACCCUCUCGCCGAGGAUGAAAUGCCACCGUGGGCAGGAUUUCGCGGCGCUGAGAGACGCGGCCCUCGCUCAUUGCAGUCCCUUUGAGGAUCCCUGCUUCCCGGCAGGGCCCACAUCACUGGGGUACGAUAAGCUGGGGCCCUGCAGCAGGUUCAGCGACGGCAUCGUCUGGAGGAGGCCAUGGGAGAUCACCAGUGACCCCCACUUCAUCGUGCGAGGAGCCAGCAGAUUUGACCUGUGCCAAGGAAAGCUCGGAGACUGCUGGUUCCUGGCAGCCAUCUCGUCGCUGACUCUCAACGAGAGGCUCCUGGGCCGCGUGGUGCCAAUGCAGCAAGGAUUCGGCACGCGCCACGCCUACGCCGGAAUCUUCCACUUCAAAUUCUGGCGGUACGGCGAGUGGGUGGACGUGGUGGUGGACGACAGGCUGCCCACGCUCAAGGGGAAGCUGGCGUUUGUGAGGUCAUGCGAGAGCAACGAGUUCUGGGGAGCCCUGCUGGAAAAAGCUUAUGCCAAGGUGUGCGGCUCGUACGAGGCGCUGAGGUCGGGCCGCUUCACCGAGGCGCUGGUGGACUUUACGGGAGGCGUCAAGGAGCAUUACCUCCUCGGCGAGGCGCCGCCGCCCAACCUGUGGCUCUUCCUGAAGCGGGCAGAGAACGCCGGCUCCCUCAUGGGGGCGGCCACCCACCCUCGCCCGCACCCCGGGAAGCCGGCGGCGCGCGGGGACGCAAGCUUCCUGGGCCCUCACUUCGCCUGGCGCCACGAGGACGAUUGCUCCGGGCCGAGCCCCCGGUACGGCUGGGGCCGCGACUUCGGCGGCCUACGGCCCAGCGCCUCCUUCUCCUCCUCCUCCUCGUCGUUGUCGUGCUCCGGCGUGGGCGAGCGUGUGCCGCGCACGCGGCCGGAGCAGAAGACCCGCGAUGGGCUGGUGCUGGGCCACGCGUACUCCAUCACCGGCGUGGAGAGGGUGAAGGUGGACGGCGAGGUGGUGGAACUGGUGAGGUUGAGGAACCCGUGGGGCAAGGUGGAGUGGAACGGCGCGUGGAGCGACAGGCAUGGACCCACGGACCAAAUGCUUCGCUCGCGUUUCCCUCGGGCAGCAAACUUAGCAGCUCCAAAUAACCAAUACCAAUACCCCCGACAUUCGUUGCUAAGUGCCGGUGAUGUCACCGCAGUGCUUGUGCCACGACGCACUCGUAAGAUGGGUUUGUUCGUCGACGAGACCGUGAGGGACGGUGCCGGCUUGGGGAGCUCACCGGUGUGGAAAUGUGUUGACUGCGACGCCAAGAGGAAGCUGCAGGUGAAAUUGGAAGACGGCGAAUUUUGGAUGUCCUUGGAGGACUUCAGGAGACACUUCAAGAGGCUGGACGUGUGCCACCUGACGCCAGACGACGUGCAGAACGGCCCUCGCAAGACCUGGACCGUCACUAUGUACCAGGGCAGCUGGCAGGCCGGCCACUCUGCCGGGGGCACCUGCAAAGAGACGUUCUGGAAGAACCCCCAGUACCUGCUGGAUCUUCACGAGGCGGACGCGGAGCAGGAGGAGGGCGAUGGCGGCGACGGCGGCGGUGGCUGCGGUGGUGGCGGCGGCGGUGGCGGUGGCUGCGGUGGCGGUGGCGGCGAGUCCGCGCUCUGCAGCCUCAUCGUGUCGCUCAUGCAGAAGCCGCGCGACGCUCAGCGCAACCGCGCGCCCUGGUUCUCCAUCGGCUUCGCCAUCUACAAGGUUGUUGUUGGUUUUGCGUUCUUCAAAUCGCGCGCUCGACCAUACUUCACCGCACCGGUCGGUGCCGCCGUGUCGCAGGCGUGCGGGCGGCGUCUGUCCCGGGAGGAGCUGCGUGCCGCUGCGCCCGUGGCGCUGCUCGAGCGCUUCGAGGCGCUGCGCGAGGUGAGCCAGCGCCUGCUGCUGCCCCCGGGCCGCUACGUCGUCAUCCCCUGCUCGCUGCAGCCUGGCGAGGCGGCCGACUUCUUGCUGCGCGUCUUCUGCUGCAGCUGCGACAGCAGCGAGUUAACCGAUGAGCUGCAAGAAUGCGGAGCCCCGCAAGAGCCGGUUCUGCGGCAUGAACAGCACGAGAGGCAUCUCCUGCGGACCAUGUGGAGCGAGCUGUUCCAGCAGCACGCGAGCACGGACCAGUCGAUUGGACCCGCCGAACUGCAGGCCGUAUUGUCCAAGGCCGCUUCGAAAUACCCCGCCACCAUAUCGCAGAGCUUCAGCUCCGGAACCUGUCAAAAAAUCAUCAUCCUCCUGAAUAAAAGCGUCUCAAGCAAACUUGCAUCAAGGGAGUUUGAAAUUCUCUCCCACAAGUUCACCCAAAUCCACGAUCUCUACCGUAGAUUUCGCCUCCACGGCAACGCGGCGGCGUCUCUGCAAUCCGUGCACCGGGGCCUCUACAAAGCGGGGCUCCCGGUGUCUGGGGACCUGGAGAAGCAUACCCUGCUCAGGUACCUUGGCGGCAAGAGGAGAAUCGACUUCGAGGAUUUCCUCUGCUGCCUGCUGCACAUCGACGCGCUGUCAGGAACGGUGAAGGCCAUCCUCCAACGGCCGGAUAUACAACCUGAACAGAAGGAGUGGAUGAAGAGGAUAAUGUUCUUUUGAAUCCCGCCGCUCGGAGAGGGCACAGCAAUCCGCUGUGCGCAAAAGAAAAAAAGAAGCCAAGUAGAAUUUACGCUCAUUCCUCUCGCUAGAUCGCGAGCAAGCCCAUUGGCUCAACGCAGUUUCUUUUUAACAAAUGAAGGAAACAGCCUUUUUAGCGUGGAUUACGAAGAGCGAUACUUACAUCCAAGGUUUCAUUUCUCAUGUAGCAUUUUCUGGAGGCCCUCCAAAUCCCCAACCCCCCAUGGGCACAAUCCCCCCUCCCCACCCCUCCCCCAGGAGAGGAAAAUAGCUCAGUCCCGGACAGCUCCGGCUAAAUUUAAGCCCUGCCUUACACGAAUAGACAAGCAAAGAGAUCGUGGUUAGUUUGAUCAGUAGAUAUACUGCGUCGUCAUGCCAGGGUUUCUCUCCGCAGCAUGGAGCGUGAUUUACAUUUGAGGUUGUAGUUCCCGGCAUCGUAUGUAAACGUCGGAACGGGGACGGUGUAAUAAUCCUGUGGGCGAUGCAGGUUUGCGGAACGCGCCUAGGAAACCCGCCGGCUUAAUUCCUGCAUCCAUCCAACACCUCGGCGGGGUUGUUUCACCGACCGUACGGUCACAGGUCAAGGUGCGCACACGUAAAGCAUUGCGGUGCCUGAUCACUGAACGUUUACGUGCACAUUAAAACGUGUCGAUGGCGGUACGAAACCUCGAUCAUUCGUCUGUUUGUUGAAACGAGACAACAAAGCCGAUCUACAGAAUUCUAGUUCCAUUGCCCUCUCAACGCUAAGAUUGGAGAGAACCCAUGAUAAAAUUGACACGUUAGGGGACAACCGACCAUCCGAGGAAGCUGGAUUGAGAAACCACAUAAAUGCGAUGAACCAGAUUCUACGAGAGGCAAAGUCGUAAAAAAAAAUGCAAUUUUAACGUACCUUGGAUUUUUGUCGAAAAGGUGUUUUCAUCUGUAGCAUUGUAAUCGCAGUCGUUUGGUGUAGGCCGGAAGAAGGCGGUGACCUGUGCAGCCGUAUCUUUGGUGUCCCAGAGCCCAGGCUGGGAUCCGCAGUGGUGGAAAACGAGAGAGGUUAUUUAAACAAAUCAACAAAUCGCACGCAAGCUCAAACAAAGCAACGGAAUAAAUAGAGAGAGGGAAAAAAACAGAACAAAUGUAAAACAGCGGAUAGUUUGUCAGUCAAAAAAUAUAUAUGGUGUGGUACAUUAGUGUUCUUACAACCCGAGAGAUUUUGAUUUAAAGCUUUCGUGACUGUAGGGAUUCAUAGUCUUGGUUCUUUCGGUAAGGUCACGUAGAAGGGAAACAAUAAAAUAAUAAAAAUGAGAAUAAAUUGUUUCCCUUCUAUGUGACUUUACCGAAAGAACCAAGAAUAUGAAACCGGGUGAUGCAGUAAUAACAAAAGAUAAAUUGACGUCAUUUAAACACGAUUUAGGAAGAUAGCACAGCUGAGAUUGCACAGCUGAGAUUUCCCUCCCACGGAGGCCACGUGCAGCGACUCUGGAAGGCGCGUUCUGACCGCUCGAUUGGAGACAUUCCAGGCGUAACCAUAACACGGAUGUAGCCAGUUGUAGUCGACGUACCGUCCAGUGGAAAUGAACCAGGAGGGAAUGAUUGAACAACUAAAUUAUGGCUGCAAUUUUAAAAAGGACACAACUGAAAUACACAACGGAGUGUGUGCUUGUGUGUAUAUCUAGGAUAUCUAUUGAAAAAUGUAACAUCACAAUAAAUGAGUGAAAAGGUUAAACGAGCAGGGCAGGUCGCGAGUGCUUUUGGAAAAUUGUCCUGCAAAAUGAAAACGCAACAAUACAGCUGGAGUUUGCAGUGCACGCUAUUUUAAUACCUGUCAUGACAUGGUUUGGAAAAAAAACCACGCGAACACCGACAAAAAAAAUGGUACAAAGGCGCUGCAUAAUAGGUGCACGUUGGGAUUUAUACCGCGGGGACAGAAGAGAGGGAACACGUGGGGGGGGGGGGGGGGUCACAGGGCCAACGCGAAUCAGAGGCGGCGGGCGGAACGUGCCGGGAAGCGAGAGGGGUGGCGGCCACCAGAUAAGACUGGUGACGGAACGGCAGCACGUUCCUUCCCACCGCACCUCCGAUUAAGCACGGUUAGCGACGAGCGGUGCGAUAGAAGUUCAACGUACGUGCAUUCAGUCAGAGUGAUGGCACUUUUUUUUCCGGAUCAAUACAAAAAUGUUUUCCCCCGGAUAAGGAAUUUCGCAUCGAGGCCGCAUCUGCGGGAAUUUCAGAUUAAUACAAACAUUGGGAAAGUAUCCCACCACCCCCCCCCCCUGGUUCUGAGAUGUCUGCAAAUUGCAGGGUGGUGUCCCGUUUACCGCUCAAUCUCGGAAAACGCAAGCGGUUCCACGCCUAUUUUAUUUAGAGGAGGCGUAGCAGAUGCCAUUGUUUUAAAAAAGACAUUCUUACUCACCGCAGAGAACCGGAGCGAUAAUUGGCGCCAAUCGGUGCCACACGCCCUCCUGCAUGGACUUGUGGGAGAGCCUCGGUACUGACAAAAGGGUUAAAUGGGCAACUGCAUGGGAACGCCAGGUGCCUGUCACCGUAGGAGGGGGGUGGUGGUUAUUUUAGAGACAGGCAAAACCCUUUGGGAUAUGAAUUCUCGUGCUCGCAGGGGACCUGCGGUGACACCACGGACACCUGGUGACUGCCAGCUUUGUCCUUUACUGUGCGGGGAUUUUUUGAGUUGCUUCCCCCUCGUCGCCCACGUGGGGUUUCUUCUUCCCCUUCGGAGAGCUUCGGUUUCUUCCCACGUGGGGCGAAUUUGGCGAAAAGGCGCACCAAGUGCACGACCCGCGUGAAGAAAAGCAAUUUUGAGGACUCGUUGAGGCUGUCCUGGGUAAAUAAGAGGGUGGGAGCAUUAUCGCGUGCAGCAUUCGUUUAUGAUCGUUGGUGAACGUUGUUCCAAUGUCGACCGUAAAAGUCUGAUCAAGUCUAUUAGAUCUAUUAACUGCGAGACUGAUUCAAAUAAAAACCACAUUACCAUUU